UAGAAGCUAUUGCAUCGAACAACAACGUUGAGAGAUUCAACACUUUACUCGCAGAAGGGUGCGUUUAUACCCUACAUGAUGUGAGAUUUCAUCCUAACUUGGAGGAGGCGGUGCUGCUUCGUAAUAUUGGGCAUCGGUAUGAGUGUGCCUUGAACGAUCGCACUAGGGUUGAGCCAUAUACCAUGCCUAUUCAAUUUCCGCUCUAUCCGAAGCAUCUCAUGCCAAUCCAUGAAGUGUACCGACGUCCAAACAAGACGUUUGUAGAUAUAGCCGGAGUUGUUGUGCACUGGUGUAAACUUGAGCACGUUGGUAACAAAAAACCCUAUAGGGAGGUCAUACUCAUGGACGAAAGGUUCAACCUCAUAGUUGUUGGAAUUUGGAGUGAGCUUUUAGAGCAGUAUACGAUAAGCUUGCAAUCUGCAGGAAAUAAUAAACAUGUUAUCAUUGGCACUAUGCUAAAAUUGAACAAGAGACACAGGUGUCUGGAGACUUCAGUUCACACGAGUUUUGCAUUCAAUCCAACUAAUCUACAAACCCGUAAACUGCAUGCCUUGCAGCGGUCGUUAGUCACGGGCAAGUGGGACCUCAGAUUCGUGAACAGAUUUAUUGAAAAAAGAUGGGCGUACCUAGCAACAGUGGUGUGACCUAUGGAAGAUACUUAUGGAUUUAUUCAUCGCGAAGGAUAUUUUUGUAACAGAUAGUGCUAAAUAAUGUUUGAAGGAUAUUUUUGUAACAGAUAGUGCUAAAUAAUGUUUGGUUUAUAAUUUUAGAUGAGACAUGCUGUUAUGUUUAUGUUUAUGUUUCAUUGGAUGUUUACUUCAUCA